AUGGGUGCCUCCACCGAAUACCCAACACUCCAGUCACUCAAUGACUUCUUAGUUAGUCGUACUCGUGCUCAAGAACGAGUGGAACAGGCUUCUGCUUCAAAACCGCGCUCAUCUGGGAAAACAGCUUCAUACGCUGCUACAGCUGGUCCCAACUCAUCACCUGGCACUCAACCUCCAGCCACGCAAUCAUCUGCUGCACUCGCGAAGCCUCCCAAGAAGAUCAUUGGUAUUGGUGUAGCCGAUGCUGGUAGAACGAAAGGUCAAGUCACAUUCAAGCUUUCAUCUAGGCAUUCAAACGACUCAGUCAUCGUCAGUGCUCAUAUAUUAGGUGAUCUUACUACUCAACUACCAUCUGUUGCACUCAACAUACUCAACUGGGACCAAUACAAACAACUACAGUUGGCAGAUCCAGCGUUCAUGAGACCAGGACCAAUUGAUAUCAUCAUUGGUGCCGAUCAUUAUGGUCUUAUCAUCAAAGAUACACUCAUCAAAAGGUUUGAAGGCCUGCCAAUCGCUCAUCACCAUCUUCGGGUGGAUAUUACUCGGUCCAGUCAACACACUCAUCGACCAUCUAUAACUUAUCAUACUGCUGUCGAGCAGUCUACUCAACAACUUCAAGACCUGCUAUCACGCUUUUGGACUCAAGAAGAAAUUCCAGGCAGUAAAAUCAAGGAACUCAACCCAGAGGAAGAGGCGUGUGAAGCGCAUUUUCAACAAAUUCAUCAACAAGACAGUUCAGGACGAUACAAGGUCCGACUUCCAGUCAAAUCGUCACCUCAACAACUGGGAAAUUCGUACUCAGCAGCAUACCGCUGUCUUAUUCAUCUCAAACGUCGUCUAGAUCAUGACGACCGUUUGAAGGCACUCUAUCUUGAUUUUCUGAAGGAAUACAAAGAACUCAACCACAUGGUAGAAUCAAUUCAAUCAACAACAAGUGAACCUGCCUACUAUCUUCCUCAUUAUGGUGUAUUACGAGAGAGCAGCAUCACAACUAAGCUGCGAGUAGUCUUCAAUGGUUCCAAACCCACCAGCUCAGGUCUUUCACUCAACGAUGUGCUUCACACCGGUCCAAAACUGCAACUAGACAUCUUCGACGUACUCAUAGGAGUUCGCACUCAUAAGCACAUCUUCAUAACAGAUAUCACGAAGAUGUUUAGACAGAUUUUGGUCGACGAACGGGAUCAAAACCUACAACAAAUACUCUGGUUCAACGAACAAGGCCAAAUCACACCAUACAAACUCACCACGGUCACCUACGGGACCAGACCAGCUCCAUAUAUGGCUAUUCGUGCUCUACUUCAACUGGUUGAAGACGACGGACAUCGAUUUCCUCUAGCAAUCAUUCCACUCACCCACGGAAGAUAUGUUGAUGAUAUCUUUGGUGGUGCUGAUGACUUGAACUCAUUGCAACAAGUUGCUGACCAACUUGAAGCACUCUGCAAGGCGGGCGGAUUCCCUCUUGCAAAAUGGGCAAGCAAUCAUCCAGAAUUACAACAACUCAAUCAUGUGGAAGCGAUCAAUAAUCACAAAUUCGAGGAUCCAGACUCCAGCACCAAGAUUCUGGGCAUGUACUGGUCCUCACACUCAGAUCAGUUUUACUUCACGUACUCACCACCAUGCUCAACUCAAAAAUGUACAAAAUGGAUCAUUUUAUCAGAGAUUGCUCAAAUCUUUGAUCCUCUUGGAUUUCUCGCACCACUCAUCAUUCGAGCCAAGGUAUUCAUGCAGGAGCUUUGA